AAAGAAAAUAAACAGUCCAAGCAGAAAUAUCAACAGACUUUGACCCAUUCAAAUUUCUUCUCCUUAAUCUUCCAAGUCAAAUGCUUCCAUAAAGCACUUCAGCGGCUACGAUACGCGGAAAGGCGAACACAGCUAGUAGAGAACAAUUUGUAGUUGCAUGCGAUAACAAUCCUUUACCGAUGUGGGGUCAAAUUAUCGGAACAGCUUUUGCUUUAGUUGGACUUAUUGUCGCUUUUGUGCAGCUAAACUCACAGCGCAACCCUAAGCAUCGAGCAGUACGUGAUGCACCAAGACGGCGAACGGGUAAUGGCGUUGAUAGUGAUGAUCCACUGUGUGAGGUAUGCGAAAUACCACAGAUGGGAGAUGAAACUACUUGGAGAAGGUUCGAUUGUGGCCAUUGCUAUCAUGCAAAAUGUUUGAGCCUGUUUGCUUCCCAAAGUUGCUUCACCUGUGAACACAUGGCUUCACUGCAAGCACCUUCAGCGGACAGGCCGGGUAAUAGCUGAAAGAGAUUAUAACCAAAAUCCACUUUCACGACAAUUGUACUGCAGCUGCUUACGUAAUUUACUCGCUUAUCGGAUUUCCUGUAUGAUAUUAGAUGUGAUAAUGGACUAUACGUCAUGGAGAUUUUGUUUAGUUGUAAACCCUUAUGACUUUCGAUGAACAGAAUUUUACCAUUGGUUGUGAAUGUUGACAAUUUUAUUAAAGGAGAUUCGUUAAGAAACGUUGUUAUUACUUAA